AUGAUCGGUGUUGCGGCACUGCCUGACAGCGCCACCAUCGCGUUCCUGCAGCAGGCACAUCAGCUGACAUGCUACCUCGCCCGGGCUGCGGAAGAUGUGGGCACAGGUGAGCGCCCCUUUGUCGUGUUCGCUUGUACGCUGCUGGCAGUGGCACUGGCCCUUCGCAAGAGGCCACAGCAAGCGCCCAAGCACCAGGCGCCAAGGCCGCGCGUGCGGGCGAUUCCGCCUCCAAGCAGCUUCAAGCUCUGCGGUCCCUCUGUUCCCCCGCUCUUCUUCGAGGGCCAAGCCAUGGAUAGGUUCGAACGCGAGGUCACCCGCAUCUAUGCUGUCGAUCACUCCAAGCCGCCAUUGGGGGAGGGAAAGUCCCGGCCAAGCAACUUCUUCCCUGCCCGGAAUGUGGCAGACUCGCUCAGGCACAUGCGUGCAGCCUGCGAGAAUCUCGAGGCCGAGCUACAAGAGGACGGGAGGAUCUUCGAGCCUCUCGACGAUGUGUUCAUGUCACGUCAGCUCAUAGCCGCAGACUUCGACCUCGGCAAGACCACCGAGGUCGUCCGGAAGUACGUGGCGUGGCGACAGAGCAUUCGUGGAGGCGUGCCUCCUGACCUCUCUUGGCUGAGUCUGGGCUUUGCCAUCGCCCCGUUUGAGGAUGUGAUGGGGCGUCCGAUUUUCCUCGCCCGCGCCCGUUACAUCUCUGCGGACACUUGCGCGGAGCAAUUUCGGACCAUGUACCGAGGACUGGCUGAUGCAGUCGUGUCGCAUUUGCUGCAGAAGCGUUCAGCGCAGAUGUCAGAGAGGAAUCCAUUGGAACAGUAUGUCUUGAUCAUCGAUGUGGAGGGUGCCAGCCGCAGCAACUUCUCCAUGGCGGUGGUAAAGGUUAUGAUCUCGGAGAGCAACGCGAACUACCCCGAUCGAGUGGCCGAGAUAUUUGUUUUAGGCGCCAAUUUGGUUGUGCGCAGUAUUUGGUCCCUCGUCAGCCCCAUGGUCCAUCCCCGGACUCGGCACAAAGUGCACAUGGUUGGCCCAUCCGAGGUACCGGUGACGAUGAGGCGCCUAAUCGGCUCUGAUGAACUUCUCCCGGAGGAGUACGGAGGCACCGCACGCCCAUUAGCGGCACCGACAGAGGCGCGCACCGUGGUGGACAUGGCAGGACGGUUGGCUGCGUCCGCCUGGGACCGCAUGGGGGCACUGAAAAGCUUCGAGGAGCGGACAGCUCGAUCUCGUGUUGGUGUCGCUUGGAACUUACCUCGCAAUUCCUACCAGGCCGCCCAAGCGAGCUCGUUCCGACUAUGGCUCGCCAACCGGGGCGAGGGUACGGCUGUCAUCCGAUCACAGGAGGAGGUGAUCGACUUUCUGGCCGAUCUGCUCCUCCGCGGGUUCACGGACCUUGGCGAGACUCCGAUGCCAGGAGGCUGCUGCCCCACGGGCGCCUGGCUGAUGCGGUCACUGACGCUAAGGUAUUGGGAACCGGAGAUAGAGAAGGCGAAGAACGCCGCACGGGCUCCGGAGGUUCUUGCACGCUGCUUCGCGAAGAUCCUCUCGGAGCACAGUGGGCGCGAACCCGCGCGCGCUGUCCUCGACUUCGUCACUGGGAGUGGGGCAUAUGUCCAGCGCCGGUGA